AUGCUCGCAUUCCGUCUUGCAGCUUUCCAUCAGAUGACAAGACCAGUGCUUGGAUCAGUAUCGACAUUCUCACAAUCAUCAAGUAACAGUCCUAGCAUCACUCACAAACAGUCUGUUGCCUACUCUACUAUAACCAAGAAGUAUGCUUCUUUACCAAAGCUACCUGUCCCCAGCGCUGAAACCACGUUGAAGCAUUUCCUCGAAUUCUCCGCAGCUAUCCAAUCUCCAAAAGAGCUCGAGGAGACUAGAAAGAUUGUGAGCAAGUUUGCAGCAAAUGAACUCCCAAAGUUGCAAGAACUGCUCGAGAAACGAGCGUCUAGGCUAAGCAAUUGGUUGACUCCCUGGUGGUUAGAUAUUGCAUAUCUUGCUGCUCGCUCACCAUUGCCAAUUGUAACAUCACCUGGCAUUCUCAUGCCAACUUUGCCUUAUAAAGGUAUCGAGGGUCAGAUAGAAUAUGCAGCCAAAAUAUCCCAAGCUGCCACUCUAUUUCAUCAAUUGAUUGAACGUGAUGAACUACCUCAGGAUAUGGCCGGGAAAGUGCCGUUCGAUAUGAGUCAAUACCGAUAUCUGUUUGGAACAACAAGAGUACCCAAAGAAGGUUGUGACGAAAUUAUAUAUGGCUCUUCUCGUCAAAACAAACCCCGUCAUGCUGUUGUCAUGAGAAAUGGACAGAUUUUCCGAAUGGACGUAUUGGAUAAGAACUAUGCACCUUUGAGCUUGGCAGCAUUGAAACAACAGUUUGCUGCUAUCGUUGAGAACAGCAAGGAGAAGGCGGAAUAUCCCAUAGGAGUUGUUUCUUCCGAUGGUAGAGACAGAUGGGCUGCAACCUAUCGCAACCUUAAAAAGAAUCGUCAAAACGAAGAAAACUUGAAUUUGAUCGAAGAGGGAUUAUUUGUUGUUUGUCUCGAUCAAGGUACUGAUCCUCUACGUGGUUAUUCCGAGAAAGAUGAACAAGCUCGUCAAGUUCUACAUGGUGGAGGUGUAAACAACAAUUCGGGUAAUCGCUGGUUCGAUAAGACUAUUCAGUUUGUUAUUGGAAGUAAUGGGUUAUGUGGAAUGACUUAUGAACACACUCCAGCUGAGGGACCUCCAGUGGCUGCGUUGAUGGAUUAUGUUUGUGAUCAAAUAACAAAUGAGUCCUUUGACAAAGAUGUGUCAGGAAAUAUUGGCGAUGUUGAGAAACUCGAAUUCGAACUGACGGAGGAAGACAAGACGAGGAUCAAGAAGAGCUCUUCUAAGAUCAAUGCUGUUGCCGAUGACUUAGACUUGGUCACUUACACCUUUAAACGUUAUGGAAAGAAUUUCCCAAAAUCUGUUAAAAUCUCGCCUGACUCGUUUAUUCAAAUGGCUUUCCAGUUGGCUUAUUAUCGUAUCCACUCUUGCGUUGGACCAACUUAUGAAACGGCUACUCUUCGGAAAUUCGAUGAGGGUCGCACUGAGAAUAUUCGCUCGCCCAACACCUUGGCUGCUGCCUUUGUGAAAAAUAUGACUUCCAAACGCCUCUCAAUUCCCCAACUAUAUGAAUCUCUCAAGGCAGCUGCUGAAUCUCAUAAAACAUAUACCGUAAACUCAAUGAAUGGAAAUGGAUUGGACCGGCAUCUAUUAGCUUGGAAGUUGCUGGCUAACGAAAAUGGCUUACCAACUCCGUCGAUCCUUCAAACGAGUGCGUACGAGCACAUGGCUCACUUCCAAAUCUCUACAAGCCAAGUACCAACUCGACAUUUCCUGAUGAUGUGUUUCGGUCCAUCAGCUCCUGAUUGUUAUGGAAUUUGCUACAAUCCUCAAGAGACAGAACUUCAUUUCACAAUCAGUACAUUUAAGAGUUGCGGGUCAACUAGCUCAAAAAGAUUCGCCAAAGAGUUAGAGAGAGCUCUCAACGAUAUGAAUUCGGUCUGUUCGAAAGCCUUAAAAGAACAAUCGAAGCUGUAA